AAUGAAGAAGCACAAACAGCGAGAAGCAGCAGCAGUAGGCGCAGUGAGAAUCGCCCGGCAGUACGCAGUAAACGUUGAAAAGCAACGCAAGGCAGGCACAAAAGCCAUCAACGAGCGCUAGAACCGCUAACCAUAGCACACACACACACACACACACAAGCACAUACAUACAGAGGAGGUGGUUGAAAGCGAAGAAAAAAACCACAAGCAAAAAAUGCAGCAGCUAAAUAUUAGCCGGAGCCGCCGAGCAGCGCGGGCGUUGCUGUUGCUGAUGGCCGUCAGCUGCCUGGCGGCUGCUGCCACAGCAGCCGGCGCUGCUGAGGCGGACAUCGACGACUUUGAUGACGACGGGAUCGUUGAAGAUGUGCAGGAGGAGCCCGUUGACAAUCUCGGCGAGGAGCUGGUCUACGAGAGUCCCGUAAUUGAGCCGAAAAAGUUUCACUUUGCCGAUCAUUUCGAUGAUGUUGAGGCCUCGCGCAAACAAUGGAUCAAAUCGCAGGCCAAAAAGGAUGACAUAGCCGAGGAGAUAGCCAAAUACGAUGGCAUCUGGAAUUGGGAGCCACCGUUGCGCAUUGUUUGGCCCAAGGAUAAGGGUCUGGUGCUCAAAUCGAAGGCCAAGCAUGCGGCCAUUUCGGCGCGCCUCAGCAAACAGUUCGAUUUCAAAGCGAACAAGCCGCUGGUGGUGCAAUAUGAGGUUACAAUGCAGGAGGGUCAAGAGUGCGGCGGCUCGUACCUAAAGCUGCUGUCGUCGGGCAAGGAAACCGAAGAUCUCACAACGUUCAAUGACAAAACACCCUACACCAUCAUGUUUGGACCGGACAAGUGCGGCAACGAUGUGAAAAUGCACUUCAUAUUCCGUCAUGUAAAUCCAAUUAACGGCACCAUAACCGAGAAGCACUGUAACAAACCAAAGAAUCGCUUGGAGGAGCCCUUCAAGGACAAGCUGCCCCAUUUAUAUCAACUGGUGGUGCGACCGGACAACAGCUUUGAGAUACGUCUCGAUCACAAGAUCAUCAAUGAGGGCUCGCUGCUGACGGACUUUAAGCCGCCAGUCAAUCCGCCCGCUGAGAUUGAUGAUCCCACCGACCAGAAGCCAACCGAUUGGGAUGAGCGCGAGAAAAUACCCGAUCCGUCAGCACAAAAGCCCGACGAUUGGAAUGAUGACGCACCGCCACAGAUACCCGAUGCCAGCGCCAGCAAGCCUGAUGGCUGGCUGGAGGAUGAGCCCGAUAUGAUACCCGAUCCAACAGCCACCAAGCCCGACGAUUGGGAUACCGAAAUCGAUGGCGAGUGGGAGGCACCACUUGUCGACAAUCCAUUGUGUGAAAAGGCGCCAGGCUGCGGCAAAUGGAAAGCACCGCUCAUAGCUAAUCCCGAGUACAAGGGCAAGUGGCGUGCACCCAUGAUCGAGAAUCCCAAUUACCAGGGCAAAUGGACGCCACGCAAGAUACCCAAUCCACAUUUCUUCGAGGAUCUCAUGCCAUUCAAAAUGACGCCCAUUAGCGCUGUUGGCCUGGAACUGUGGUCCAUGUCCAAUGAAAUACUCUUCGACAAUCUCAUCAUUACGGACGAUGUUAAUGUGGCGCGCGACUUUGCCGCCAAUAGCUUUGAUAUCAAACGUCGCUAUAUUGAUCGCGAAUCGGACUCAUUGGUCAACAAGGUGCUUGAGCUAGCCAAGGCUUAUCCCACGGCCUGGGGUAUUGGCCUGGUCAUAUUCAUAGCAUUGACUGUAAUCGGCAUCUAUUGUAGAUUUGGCAAAGCUAAGAGUCAGGACUCGGCUGCCACAGCUGCUGCUGCACAAGCCAAAAAAACGGAUGAAGCACAGCCCGAUGAUGAGCCAGAACCGGCUGCUGAUGAGAACGAGAGCGGUGAGGAAGUGGUGGAUGCGACUGCGGCACCAGCGCAGGCGGCUGGUGAUGCCAACAAGACAGACAACUCAAAGUCUGCCAGUCCCAAGAAGAAUAAAAAGUCUGAAUUAGAUAUUAAAGAGCAGCUGAAGCAGCAGGAUGAAGAGCCCACACAGACUGAGGAAUCCACCACGAAAUCCGCUCGCAAACGCAACGUGCGCAAGGAUUAGAGGGCUUGGCACAAUCCAGAAUGUCUCUCGGAUUCACAAAAUACUUGAAAACUUAAACUAAUUCCAAAAAAUGUAUAACUGCAACAACAACAACAACAACAACAAAAGAAGCAACAACAUCAACAUUUAAUGUGUCAACAACAACAACAACAACAAUACAACUUGUUUAAGAUUCAAAUUAACACUCAGUAAACUCAUCGAGUACCCGUGCAAAACACCCACGAAUACAAAUGAGUAGGCCUCAAAAUACCAAAAGUUUUGGUGGUAGUUCCAUAGUUAGCGCGAUCGCAUGCAGCUGUUAAUUAAAAAAUGAACACUAGUUUUUAUAUGGUUUGGUUUAGUCAUCGUUCUGUACGUACGACACGUUCUGUAUUAUUCAUUGUAUUUAUGUUCGUAUACUCUCCACAUAUAUAUGACUCACUAUCCCUCCCCCCCCCCUCCACCUAAAAACUGUCUCAUACACAUGUCCAAGUUCUGUUCUCACACAAUUUAUUUUAGUUUUUCCAUGUAAAAAUAACAUUAAAUAGAAAACUAGACAAAUGAGGGAAUCAAAGAUAUAUAUCACGAAAACCAAUAAGCGAUACGUAGCAUGCAGACAAAGAAAAACUCCAGUUAAUGAGAGAGAGAGAGAAAGAGAGAGAGCAAUGGGAAAAUAUCUAGUUUAAUAUUAUGUAAUUUAAACGAAAUUUUAUGAAUACGCUAGUUAUACUCCGAGUUUAAACAAAUUUCAUUUUUUCAUUUGUAACAAUGAAAAUUUACAGCGAAAAUAAAACUGAAUGUC